ACUACUUGCGUGUGCUCCUAAGUCAUGUCCGAGGUGCCACUUCAUUUGAUGAUUUGAAAACAGUAAAUGGCAAUCCAUGCAGUUCCUUCAGGGAGGCAUGUGAGCACUUAGGCCUCAUUGAGCACGACAGGAGUCUUGAUGAUUGCAUGACGGAGGCUGCCACAUUUCAGAUGCCUUGUGCAUUGAGACAGUUAUUUGCGACUAUACUGGUAUUCUAUGAGGCAACAGAAAUUCGACAGAUGUGGGACAAACAUCUAGCAACGAUGUCCGAGGACUACCGGCGUAAUCAAUCCAAUGAGGCAAUACUUGAGCAGAUGGUCCUCAGAGAUAUCAGUAAUAUGUUGCAAUCCAUGGGAAAGGAUAUUACAAAGUAUGGACUCCCGGAAUUGGUUGAGACCGAUGAUUCUUAUGACAGUGUCUACAGAGAAGUAACAGAGGAGAGGCAAAUCAGCAUGGACAAAGAACAUCUAGAAUUAUUUAAAAGUUUGAACAGUCAGCAGCUGGCUGGUUUCAAUGACAUAAUGGAUCAUGUGGUCAACCAAAAAAGUCAGAUAUUCUUUGUUGAUGGUCCAGGCGGCACUGGGAAGACAUACUUGUACAAGGCAUUGCUUGGAAAGGUGCGUUUAAUGGGCCAGAUAGCCAUCGCAACCGCUACAUCAGGUAUUGCAGCGUCGAUAAUGCCGGGAGGACGAACUGCACACUCCAGGUUCAAAAUUCCAAUCAAGUUCACUGACAACAGCAUGUGUAGUUUCACAAAGCAGAGUGGUACAGCUGAGUUGCUUAAGCAAGCGUCCUUGAUAAUUUGGGAUGAAGUUGCUAUGACAAAACGUCAAGCAUUUGAGACGCUUGAUAGAUCACUACAGGAUAUAAUGGAAAGUCGUUUGUUGUUUGGGGGAAAGGUUGUCGUUUUUGGUGGUGAUUUCAGGCAGGUCCUUCCUGUUGUGACACGUGGGACAAGAGCACAGAUCACAGAUGCUACACUUCUGAGAUCCUAUCUGUGGGAUAAGACACGCAAGAUAAGUCUCACGCGCAACAUGCGAGCACAGUCUGAUCCUUGGUUCUCCGAAUACCUCCUAAGGAUCGGCAAUGGAACGGAAGAGACAAUUGGAGAUGACUAUGUCCGCCUCCCUGACGACAUUGUGAUCGGCUAUACCGAGGAUGAAAAAGCUAUUAACAAGCUCAUCGAAGAGGUCUUCCCAUCGUUGCAUGCCAAUGCUAUAUCGAGAGAGUACAUGAGCACAUGUGCUAUUCUUUCGACCAAGAACGAUCAUGUCGAUGACCUGAAUGACAAGAUGAUCUCCAAAUUUCCAGGAGAAGAAAAGUUAUACCAUAGCUUCGACUCAAUCGAGGAUGACUUGCAGAAUAAUUACACAAUUGAUUUUCUAAACUCGAUCACACCAAAUGGCUUGCCCCCGCAUGUAUUGAGAUUAAAGGUCAACUGCCCGGUCAUUCUGCUCCGGAACCUCGACCCUCAUAAUGGCCUAUGCAAUGGGACACGGCUUAUGAUUAGAGCCUUCCAGGAUAAUGCAAUCGACGCAGAGAUUGUUGGUGGUCAGCAUGCUGGAAAGAGGGUGUUCAUACCUAGGAUCCCUAUGUCGCCCUCUGAGGACAUCUCACUUCCUUUCAAACUUAAGAGAAAACAGUUCCCCAUCCGCUUGAGUUUUGCGAUGACAAUUAACAAGGCGCAGGGUCAGACUAUCCCAAACGUCGGUAUUUACCUUCCCGAGCCAGUAUUCUCACAUGGUCAGCUAUAUGUUGCAUUGUCAAGGGGAGUCUCUAGAGAGACGACACGGAUUUUGGCCAAGCCAAACAAGGAGGUUGAUCAAUACGGAAAAAGCACAAAGAACAUUGUCUACAGAGAUGUUUUGGGGAGAUGAUGCAGUUUAUCGAAGGAGAAGAAGAAGCGGAUGAGGAGGGAGCUUCAGGAUGUCAGGUGACAAACUGUGCAAAGAAAAAUAUAUGAAACAAAAAGAACUUCUGGAAGCGGCAGGACAAACUGAGUGUGUUGGUACUCCGUGAGACAGAGGAUAAAGAAAGGAGUCGCCACAUGAAGAGAGGCACCCAAAGUUAAAAUGUUG